AUGUAUAAUGCUUUGACAAUAACAGAAAUUGCAUCACAAAGCGAUUUCAAACGAUGGUCAGCAAAACAAGUAAAAGAAUGGGCUACAAAAGAAGUUCAAGUAAGAGAAGAAUAUGCCCAGAUGCUUCUUGAUAAUGAUGUAGAUGGAGAGAGUAUCGCGGUGUUUACAGAGGCUGAUUUUGGUAAAUGUGGCAUAGUCGUCGCACCUGCAAAGAAGCUCUAUCUGGCUGCUCAACAACUUUUAAUUAAACAACAACAAUCGCUAUCGCAUCAACACAGCAGCAGCAGUAGAGACCAGCCUCCCCCAUCAACAACAACAUGGUCCAACACUCCAGUCAAGGAAUGGACUGCCCAAUUGGCUAAUGAUUGGGUGACUGACACUCUCAAAGCCGCACGUCGUCCAAAUGGCCUUUCCCUCCAAGACGACCCUCCGGUUACAGGUCGAGAUCUUUGGUUGUUGCAUGAUUCAAGAUUUUUAUUUGAUGGCUUGUUCUGUGUUCCCAAUGGUACCGAAACAGAUCUCAAAUCAGAGCAAAGCAAGGCUCUCCUUGAUGUGCUUUUCAAAGAACUCGGUUCUCUCGACCCACCUCAGACUAAUAACCCAUCUCUUUUUCCUCUUAAUCACUACUUUUGUCAAACAUACCUAAUUGCUACAUCAACCGAUCACUAUCAUUCAAAUCUAGUCAUUUUGUUUUGCUUUGUUUGUUCUCAUAUUACAGGCCCUUUACUUGCCUCAUUGUUGUUGGUCAAUCCAUUUCCAACCCUUCCUAAUAUCAUAUCAACCAAUCACCAUUAA